GGAGGUCCGCGCCGCUUCUCACUGGGAUCAGUUCAGAUCUGGUCCGAUUCGCACCGGCACAGUCCGUCACACGGGAGCCGCCCUCCACAUUUGUAUGCAGGCUUGAAAUGUAGCCUCUGCCCCGCUGUGAAAGUCGGCUUUCUAAUUGUAACACAGGCGCGUGCAUGUAGUCCCACACAGGAUCAUAACAAAACCCGGUUUUAUUAAGUCAGGAUGCAGCCCUGAAGUCACUGUCUGACGAGGUGGAAGUUGAUUUUCAGUCCAGCAGUUCCUGUCAAGAUGGAAAACUCUCCUUAGGCGACCGGACGAGAUGGGAAAAUGGGAGUUAACGAUGAACCCGGUGCAGGAAUGGGGUGAGGAGUUCGAGGACGGUGCAGUUUAUGGGGUCACUCUGCGUCGGGAGCCCGUCCCUUCCUCUGACCCCAGCGAGACGAGUCCAUGCUGUGCGUUCGUCCAGUACCGAACCUGCAAGGUGCGCCGUCUGAAGGCCGCCACCCUGGACCUGCUUGUGAACCACCUCCUUGACCCUUGCUGCCAGGAGCAGGACUAUGGCAGGAUCUUCCUCUCCACCUACAGAACCUUCACCAGUGCCUCAAAGCUCACAGAGCUGCUCUUCCAGAGAGACAACGCUGGCUCAGAUCUGGACAACAGUGAAUGCUACAGCAGCCCUCUGUUGGCCUUUGUCCAGACAUGGUUGGAUGAAUACAGCGAGGACUUCAGAGAUCCUCCCCUGCACGCGGCACUCAGGCUGCUGUUGGAUCACCUGAGGAUCAGCUCUGCAGUUCACCACAACAUCCACAGCCAGCCCAACUUCUGCUCGUUGGCUUCGCAGGCUGAGGAGCUGCUCAAGAGGUUACAGAAAGAAGAAGCUGAGGUGAGUGUCAGUCCUGCCCAGGCAGACCUGGAGCAGGAGGAGGAGGGUUCUGGAGACGAGGAUUCAGGAUGUGAAAACUCUCUAGAUCAAGGUGGCAUCAUGGAUUUUUCCACUGCAGCCAUUGCCGAACAGCUCACGCGAAUGGACUCAGCUCUGUUUGUCAAAGUGGUGCCUUACCAGUGUCUGGGCUGUGUGUGGUCACAAAGAGAUAAGAAGGAAAACAUGUCUCCCACCAUCCGAGCCACCAUUGCACAGUUCAACGCCAUCACCAACCAGGUCAUCAUGUCCUUGCUGUGCCUGCCGACGGACGCCACCUCCAGUCCCACCUCCUCCCGCCGGCCUCCCACUACACCAGCUCAACGGGCCCGUAUCAUAGAGAAGUGGAUCAGAGUAGCACAGGACUGUCGUCGGUUGAAGAACUUCUCCUCUCUCAGGGCGAUCCUGUCGGCCCUCCAGUCUAAUGCAGUUUACAGGCUGAGGAAGACCUGGGCUGCCGUUAGCAGGGACAGCAUGACCACGUUUGAUAACCUCUGGGAAACGUUCCCUGAUGAGAACUGUGUUCUGACCAACAGAGAGCUCCUGGUGGAGGAUGGAGGCCAAGCAGCUGUGGAUGACAUCUCUCCAAAGAUAUCCAAGCGGUGUCCGAUCCCUAGACAGAUGAGUACCUCCAGUGGAGUGGUUCCUUACCUGGGCACCUAUCUGACCGUCCUCACCAUGCUGGACACUGCUCUGCCAGACACUGUGGAGGGUGGACUCAUUAACUUCGAGAAGAGGAGGAGGGAGUUUGAGGUUCUGUCGCAGAUCCGUGUGCUGCAGGCGUCCUGCUCCCAGUACAACCUGCCCCAUCACCCCAGAAUCGCUGCGUGGCUGCAGGGACACAAGCUGCUCACUGACCAGGAGAGCUAUGAACUGUCGAGGCAGCUGGAGCCUCCUGUGGACUUGUGUUCGCCAACCCCCUGGAGCCACCGCACACUCACAAAAAAACUCUCCUCUCUCCUGACGGUGAGCGAUGGAUCUAAAAAACUCCCUGCUGACCAGAUCAGCGUUACGUCUUCCGGAUCCAGUGGAUCUGAGAUGGAGGAUCUCUCCUCCCCAAACUCAGCCUGUUCCAUCAGACUGCAGUCCUUUCACAGCUCCUGCAACAAUGUGUCUGAUGCCUUCUCCUCCUCCUCGUCCUCCUCCUCCUCAUCCUCCCCAUGCUCCUCCGCGGCCUCCUCUCCGGACUCCGCCACUCCUUCCGGCUCCUCCUCUGACUGCCGGACGGACCUCUGUUCUCCGGCCGCGCCCUGCGGCGGGGCUCGGCCGAAGCCCUCCCUGGCCUCCCACCACAAACGCUCCGUGUCCAUGACCUCCCUGCCGGUGUAUAACCGCCAGGUGGCCGACUCCUGUAUCGUCAGGGUGAGCGUGGACCUGGGCCACAACAACGGCAACAUGUACAAAAGCAUCCUGUUGACCAGCCAGGACAAAACUGCACAGGUGAUUCAAAGAGCACUGGAGAAGCAUCACCUUGAGCACAUGAACUGGCGGGACUUUACCCUGACACAGGUCAUCUCCCAGGAAAGAGAGUUGCUCAUACCAGACAAGGCAAACGUCUUCUAUGCUAUGUCCACAACGGCAAACUUUGACUUUGUGUUGCGCCAAUUCCCCAAAGGCCAGAAGAAACCACUGAGAGCCACGUCGAGUCUCGGACGAUACACAAAGUAGCACCUCUAGUCUUCAAAUUCUGCUCCUGGAAGUGAACCGAGGUCGAGGGACUCGCCUUGAGAUUGGCCUUUUAUUUUAAAUACUUGUUUUGUAAGAACAGUAUGUUCUCCGAGAUGGUUCAUCCUUGGAUAUCAAAGAGGUGAAAAUGUGACGUUUUUAUAGUAACUGAUAAGAUGAUGCAAAAGCACUUUAUGAAGAAGAAUGCGCACCUCAACAGAAACUGAUGGAACUUAAAAACGCCGGCAUCAGACAUGGUUUUAUUUCCUGCUGGAAUAAACUUGGUAACAAUCCUAAAAGGAAAAAAUAAUAAUAACCCAUUCCUUGAAAGUGACGUUGGUUGGUAGAUGCAUGUGCAAAGAUUGUACUGAUUGAUUUUUAGCUCUGAGACUGCUGCUAGAUGUCACUUCCAAUAACUGUAUGGGUGAAAAAACACACACAGAGACACACCGUCCCACAGAGAGCAACGCAUGCCAACAUCAGUCACCUGGUUAUAUGUGAACAUUGAGAAAUGGACUGGCCAUCUCCCAGCACAGCUGGGUGCCAUGAAUAACACGUGUGUUAAAAAGGGAAUGGGGUCAGAUGCAGUGUGAGGGGCAUAUAGUCGGUGAAGACCUCCUGGGGCCACUCGAGACGAUAUCGCCUGGUGUGCUUGUGUGUCGCUGUGCCAGUGCCAUCUGACGAGUGGGCGGGGACGCUCUCACCAGGGAUCACAGUGUUCCCGGGGAGUUUCAGCGUGGCUCCUCAAGCAUUGCUGUGAUACUCAUCGUGUGUGACCGGCUGCCCGGACUGGAAGGAUGGCAUUCCUGAGUCUGGGUAACCAUGGCAGCAGAGACUUUGAUGGAUGGGACACAAUGUCACAUGGUAACGGCCACUGUAUCUAGAUGAGAUGACAAUAAGGGUGAACUGUUGUGUGGGCUUUCAGUGUUCGUGCUAUGACUAAGUAAGUUUGACUUGUUGAGUUUAGAUUUUUUCUAAUGUUUUGUAUUUAUUUUCACUACUGUGGUUCACUUUGAUCCCACUGUUGAUUGCACCUUCAUUUGAUUAACACAUUGUGACGACUCACUCGGUGGCUUUAAGUUGUCUCUUGACUGGUAGGAACAUAUUUUUCAAAAAUCAAAGUUUAUUUUGAAACAGCUUUGAUCGGGGAGGUUGUAAUUCUAGAGAUUUCUUAUUUUUUGUUGAAUACCGAGAAUAUUUAAAAUGUAAAUGAAAGUGUUGUUUUUUUUAAUUGUAUUUAACAAAUUUGGUUCAGACUUGUGAAGCCUGGAUGUAACUGGUGCUUAAAUGGCUUGAUUUAAAGCCUAAUGAGGAGUUCAGUUGACGUCAUGACUCGAGUGAAAUGGAGAUAAUAAUCAGAUUUUCUUCCAGUUAGAGCUCCAGGGAGUAUUUGCAAAGAGGAAGAGUUG